AUGGAGAGCCUGGAUGGGUUGCUCAUGGUCCCUCCAGACCGAGGGCAGAUUCUUGGUAGGGCAGUUUGGAAGACACGAUACGUAGUCGUCGGGAGGCGCAUCACCUCAGCUGGUCAACAGGGUACUUCGAAUCCCAGCUACUCUCAGCUGGUGACGAGCAGCCGAAACAAUAGCUUGACCCCUAAACCGAUUGCAAAGACGCCCACCGACGAAUGCUGCCUCCUCAUCUACAAACACAAGGAGGACAAUGAACCGAACCAACAAUGGCCCAUCAGCGGUAUUGCCGAUUGCCAGGUCCAAAUGGUCGCCCACAGGAAGCAGGGCCCUGUUCUACCCACCCUCAUUGUCACUCUGUCCGACAAAGAGCGAAAACGACGCUCCAGCCGCGCUGCUGGGCUGAUUUCAUCGAACAAGGAGACCAGCGCCAAUACGUUAUGGUUUCGUACGCCUCCUGACGACCACCAUCCCAGUCUGCAUGAUUGGGCGCGCUUCAUUCUGUCCAAGAAGUCGCCCAUGAGUCCCAUGAGUCCCGAGAGCCCCAUGUCUCCCCAAUUCACCAACCCCUUUGCGCCACGAUCCCGCGAUCAGCCCGACUACUUUUCGCGCCCAACCAGCGGUAAUCAGCCUGGCCGAUCGGAUACUCGCGCUCUCCAGCACAAGAGCUCCGCAAAUACGCAGUCCACUGGGCCACGCGAAAGGCCACAUACCUUCAGUUCCGAGUCGCUAAGUCUGCGAUCUAAGAGAAGCGAUGUUUCCUCCCCCUCGAGUGCGAACUACCCCAUCCAGCAAAUGUACCCGAUCCCUGGCCAGCACUACACUACUGUGCUUCCCACAGACCUCCCCUCUGACCUCCCCUCUCCUGUUGGCACCACUGGCGAAUACCAGGGCGAAUUUAUUGAGGGAUGGACGGCUGCUCAGGGGAGGUCUUCAACAAUGAGCUCGCCCAUCCGAGGGCGAGACAGUAUGAGCUCACAGACACCACAGCCCUCGAUCACAGCGACUGACUCGAGCUCACCCCCAGCGCCUCGCGAGACUAUCCUCGACAGAGCCUUUCAACUGAGGUGCAUACCUGGGUCUGAGCAGGAGGUCCCUGGAGAAGAGAAAUUGAGCUCGUUGGCGCGAUUUGAGGCGUUAAUGCGAGAAGCUGACCAAAAACGAAAACAGAGGGAAGCCGCCGAACGAGCGCAUCAAAUGGCAAUACGGAGCGCUUUCGAGGCAUCUGACAGCUCGGAUGAGGCCCAGGACAGAGACUCGGACGAUUCGGAUGAGGGCGCAUACGGCCACAUCCCAGAACGGCGCGGUCCAGUAUUGAUUCCCUCCACAACACAACGCGCCUUGCAGUUUAUUGCUGGCCGAAAUGAGCCCGCACAGCCUCAGAGUUCAGCCAGACCACCAACCUCUAGGACUUCAAUCAACACCCGGGUCGGCUCAGGAAUCGUACCCAACCAGGUUCCCCCUGUGCGGCCACAUACCGCAAACGCCAAAAGUCGCCCCAGCGCAUCACAAAGGAUACAGAGUCCCUCCCAGCUUGCAGCGGCCAUGACCAAUAUGGAAAUAUCGGCAUCGAGCAAGGUUUCCGAAGAAGGCACCCCCCGCCCAAAUGCAGACAAGCGACUGUCUACCACCAGUGCCAAAAGGUUGAGUUUCACCGAGUUUACCAAGAGACUCUCUAGCACCAGCAGCUUACUGCUAGUCCAGACGAACGCUAGUUGGAGUAGCCGGGGAAGUAGCGAGAUCGACAUCCAGUCCUCGUCCAUACCCCGUGGGACGCUAAACCCGCGAGGAACCGGAGCGCCUCCCCGAGACCGAGACGAAAACGACCGGAGAUGCGGAUGGCGCAAUAGUGUUGGAGUCAUCAGCAGCGACGGUGGUUUCCUUUGA